AUGUCGAGAUAUUCCAGACCGCCGAACAGCUCGCUUUACGUGAGAAACUUACAUCACGAGACAAGGUUAGACCAGUUGAAGCUUUUGUAUGUAGUUUUGCUCGCUUUUUAUCUAAUUUGCGACCUGAAUUCUCUUGUUAGACCCGAAGAUCUUAGACGCUUGUUCGCCAAGUAUGGCCGAAUUACCGACGUUUACAUUCCGUUGGACUACUACACAAGAGAAUCCCGAGGCUUUGCUUAUGUACAAUAUCCUUUUUGUUUCUUAAGAGCUUUAUUUUGCCUGUGGUUUCUUUUAGUCUGA